AUUGAGAAGCACCUCAAAUUGCAAAGCUUUCUCUUCAGAAGCCCUCCUUUGCAAAAAACAAAUACCCACGAACCCCAGAGAGGGAGCUAUAAGAUUCCAAUUUUGUUCACCCAUCUUCCCGAUGAGAGCGGUCUUGGCAUUUCUUUCAGCUCAAGACGCCUAGCUCUCCUCUCACAUAAUUACGCUUAUUUCUUUUCUUCUUCUUCUUCUAUCACAUCAAUUGAUCAUUUUAAUGCAAUGGCAGUAGACUGCAUCAAGACCAUGCCUUCAUUACCUCAGCACCAUCCUAAAGAAGAACGCAAAGAUGAUCGGAAACCUUUAGUUUUCGAUGCCAGAUUGCUCAGUUACCAAUCCAACAUACCCCAACAGUUCGUUUGGCCAGAUGAUGAAAAGCCUAGCGCUAAUGCACCAGAACUCCCUGUUCCACUUAUUGACUUGGGUGGGUUCCUAUCUGGUGACCCUGUUUCCGCAAUGGAGGCUUCAAGGCUAAUCGGCGAGGCAUGCCAGAAGCACGGUUUCUUUCUCGUUGUUAAUCACGGAGUCGAUCCACAUCUUAUAGCUGACGCCCAUCGAUACAUGGACAACUUCUUUGAAUUGCCACUCUGUGAUAAGCAAAGGGCUCAGAGAAAAAUUGGCGAGUACUGUGGAUAUGCCAGUAGCUUCACUGGCAGGUUUUCCUCCAAGCUUCCCUGGAAAGAAACGCUUUCUUUUCGCUAUUCUGCUGAGAAAAACUCUCCAAAACUCGUCCAAGACUAUUUCCAUAACACAAUGGGUGACAGUUACGCAGAAUUCGGGAAGGUGUACCAGAAGUAUUGCGAGUCUAUGAGCACUCUAUCGCUGGGAAUCAUGGAACUCCUGGGAAUGAGCCUUGGAGUGAGCAAAGCCCAUUUCAGGGAAUUUUUCGAAGAAAAUGAUUCCAUAAUGAGGCUUAACUACUAUCCUCCAUGCCAAAAACCUGACCUGACUUUAGGAACUGGGCCUCAUUGCGAUCCAACAUCAUUAACCAUCCUUCAUCAAGACCGAGUGGGUGGUCUUCAAGUUUUCGUAGACAAUGAAUGGCGUUCAAUUAGCCCGAAUUUCGAAGCUUUUGUCGUUAACAUAGGCGACACCUUCAUGGCUCUUUCAAAUGGGAGAUACAAGAGUUGCUUGCAUAGAGCCGUAGUGAACAGCGAGACACCAAGGAAAUCACUGGCAUUUUUUCUGUGUCCAAGGAGUGAUAAGAUGGUAAUUCCACCAAAAGAAGUUGUGGACAGUUGCAACCCAAGAGUAUAUCCAGAUUUUACAUGGGCCAUGCUUCUUGAAUUCACACAGAAGCAUUACAGAGCCGACAUGAAGACCCUUGAAAUGUUCACAAAUUGGCUUCAACAGAGACAGUAGCUGAAGAGAGUGGGGUAGCUAAGAGGCUGGGCAUGGUAUUGGUCUUUUUGGGAAAGGAAUGUGACAUUGAGAUUUGGAGGAAGACAAAUAGCUCUAUAACUUACACAAAAAAAAAUGCCAGUUUUUAUGUUCAGUGGGUCUGUAACUAGCUUUUUCCUCAUCAGCUAAAAGUCAAGACAAGGGCCAUAGAAUGAACCAAUAAAAACUUGGAUGUGCUAAAUUUUUGUAUUUUUCUUUCAUAAUAUAGGAAGAAUAUUCCUCUCC